GAGUACUUUGAUCCAGACAAGUUUGUUGGCUGUCCUUAUUGAAAUAAACCAUCACCCACAUGACCAUCCCAGCCCACUCUGCAAGCCCAUCUGUCCACUCAGUCACUACCUCUCUAUGCUUAAGAUAGCAUUAGGCCUGCCCCCCUUUCCGUUUCAUCUUUUAAACACCUUUCUUCUCUCAUUUCCCCUCUCUUCCAAAACCGAAUAUCUAUAACAGAUCAUUCCCUAUCACUUAGCCAAAUAGCAAGUGCUAAACAUGGGCGCGCAACCUAGGACCGCUCAGAACUUGUCCUUUGUCCUCGAAGGAAUUCAUAAGGUCAAAUUUGAAGACCGACCAAUCCCAGAGUUGAGAGAUGCUCACGAUGUUCUCGUGAAUGUCAGGUUUACCGGUAUUUGCGGUAGCGACGUUCACUAUUGGGAGCAUGGCUCAAUUGGCCAGUUUGUCGUCAAAGACCCUAUGGUACUAGGACACGAAUCCUCCGGUGUGAUUAGCAAGGUUGGUUCGGCUGUCACAACAUUAAAGGUGGGGGAUCGCGUUGCUAUGGAGCCCGGUAUACCGUGUCGCCGGUGUGAGCCCUGCAAGGCAGGGAAAUAUAACCUGUGCGAAAAAAUGGCCUUCGCCGCAACGCCACCUUACGACGGUACGCUAGCCAAGUACUAUGUUUUGCCUGAGGACUUCUGCUACAAGCUUCCUGAAAACAUCAACCUUCAGGAAGCUGCAGUGAUGGAGCCUCUCAGUGUCGCUGUGCAUAUUGUAAAGCAAGCAAAUGUUGCGCCAGGACAAUCUGUGGUAGUUUUCGGGGCCGGGCCAGUGGGUCUAUUGUGUUGUGCCGUGGCUAGGGCUUUUGGCUCCCCGAAGGUCAUCGCUGUGGACAUCCAAAGAGGAAGGCUGGAAUUUGCGAAGAAAUAUGCCGCAACAGCAAUCUUCGAACCCAGCAAGGUCCCUGCGCCGGAAAAUGCAAAGCGAAUUGUCAAUGAAAAUGAUCUCGGCCGUGGAGCGGAUAUCGUUAUUGAUGCAUCAGGUGCUGAGCCUUCAGUUCAUACAGGCAUUCAUGUCCUUCGUCCCGGUGGCACUUACGUGCAAGGUGGUAUGGGAAGGAAUGAAAUCACCUUUCCCAUCAUGGCAGCUUGCACCAAAGAGUUAAAUGUCAGGGGCAGUUUUCGUUACGGUAGUGGUGAUUAUAAGCUUGCGGUUAACCUAGUAGCCUCAGGCAGGGUUAGCGUAAAGGAACUAAUCACCGGAAUUGUCAGUUUCGAAGACGCGGAACAAGCGUUUCAAGAAGUCAAAGCUGGAAAGGGUAUCAAGACACUCAUUGCUGGAGUUGAAGUAUAAGCCUCGUCUGGAAGUGAUUAGUUGUGAUACACUAAAUUUGAUUUGUUAUUAUUCUCUUCAUGAGUUUGGCUUUGGGAUGAAGGGAUGUUGCUUGAUGUAAGUCCAAAAGAAUCAUACAGAGUUGGUUUCUGCGGUCGCUUAUAUAAAUUUCUAUCGUUCUAUUGCGUAUAGUAU